AUGCUUCUACUCCCGGUUUUCACUCUUCUCCACAUUUUUCUGAUUUCUGUUGAAUCAGGAAGAGAAUGCGAGUUUGCGAUGCGAUUGGUUCCCGGAUUCAACCCACUUCGUCAGGUUGAUUCAAACGGAAAAGAAUGUCGUGGAAACGUGGAAUUACCAUUCUGCAAGGGAUACUGUAAGACUAGUGAGAGUGGAACUCACGGAUUCCCACCUCGUGUUCAAAUCAGCAAAGUCUGCACUUUGGUUACCACUUCAACCCGAAAAGUUGUACUCGAUGAUUGUGAUGAAGGGGCAGAAGAGAGCAUCAAGUUUGUCAAUGUGCCACAUGGAACUGAAUGCGAGUGCUCGGCAGUGCCACUCGAGCAGAAUCAUUCAAAAUGA